ACCAAGACAACCAAUCACUUGACCCGCACUCGUCACGUGAUUUACCCCGUUUGACAGAAGAACACGUGCGUGCCACUAUAUGAGAUGAAAUCAUGCAACCCUUGAAAGAGGAUAUUGAAUGGAUGAGGGGCAAGCAGGAAAGUUUGGCUUUCUGGCAGAGAAGACAGCGUUUCCUGAUUGUCCAUUGGAACAAGUUCCCCCUUAAGGACCUCACUAACCUGUCAUACUGCUACAGCAGUGUGAUGGUGUACAGCUGUCGUUAUCCCCAGGUUAUGAUGGAUAAACUGUACGAGCUGGCCCUGGAAGUCGCAGACAACUUUCACAAGGAAGAGGAGAGCAAGGCACUGUCGCUGGAGAUCCGGCAGAAGUGGAACGAGGCCAUGACAGAACCAGAAACCCUGGGGAGAAUCAAGCUUCAAGAGAGAGAAGAGGAGACGGGAGAAUCUGCAGACGAUGAAGGAGAUGCAGUGGAUGGAACAGGUUGUACUGUAGACUACGGACAGUCAAACAAGGAGAAAGUACCAAACAACUAUUAUGAAAAUGAGAAGUCCUUGUUAAAAAUCCCAUUGAUGGAUCAACACUCACAGAAGUUACUCCCGGAGAAUCUCUCGAAGGUUCAAUAUUCAUCCAAUCAAAUACUUCCUCUCGCACGCAGUGGGCUACUACAAAAGGUGCUGCAUAACCAACUAAAGAGCCCACCAAUAUGUGGACCAAACAUCCCACUAACAUGUAGAGAUACAGUUAAUACCAGUAAUCAACUCCCAAAAGAGGAAUCUUCUGUACCCAGAGAACAGGAAUGUUGUAAGCCCUGUUCAAAGCAUGACGUACCUACCAGUCAUCUGCAGUUGAGUUUACUACAGCAACAAAAAUCUUUUCUUCAGAAAUCUUCACCAAAGUUUCAACAAAGUCUUGAUGUUAAAGAGAAACAUCACAACAGAAAAUCCAAUGACCUACUAGGAACAGGAAGUACACAUUUAUCAGAAGUUAAGCGAUCUUCUGGAGUGGAGGAGAAACGUCAUCAGAUGCACAGUGAUCUUAAUAAACAGUUAUACAGUGCAAAAAGUCACAAAGACAUGCGAAGCAAAAAGAAUGAACUAGUGCCAUUUAAAAGCUCCCAUCCUCCACCUAGUAAAUCUCGUGCUGUUGAACAGAAAAUGCAAGAAGUGCAGUGUGAAGGAGAGCCCAGAAGGAAGAGGGCAUCCAGUACAGACAAGAAAGACAAUUUACUGACAAGAUUUCCAAGCAAGGUUGAACAUUUUGAGAAGAUUUCUACUACCAAAACCAAUGUUGUAAGGAAGAGUAAGCAGGAAGACUUUGGUAGAAAGGAUAAAUCGGUAAAUCAUCAAGAACAAACUACUCCUUAUGACAAGGCUACAUCGAGUGGAAGGAAAAAACAUGGGACAUGCCAUAAAUCUGUCAGGAAGUUGUGUAACAGCAGUCAUGUGCUUAGUAAAGACGACACGACAACAAACAUUAGAUCAGAAAGCAGAAGGAAGGAUGUCCGAGAAUUUUCCACACCAAAGUGUGUUACACUUCACAGUCAAGGUCAAAUUGGAGGGGCAUUUUACAGAAAAGAGGGAAUCAAAUCUCAUAUUCAAGGUCAAACUGGCAAUGGAUUUUUCAAAACAGUGGGAGCCCAAACCCAUGUUCAAGGUCAAAGUAAAGGUGGAUUUUCCACAAAAGAGGGGGUCCAAACUCUUACCAGAGGGAAUUACCCGAGCUCCAAAUCGUUCCAUAACGUGGCAGCAUCUACAGGUAGUGGUGUUGUUGAGCAGAGGAAAGCGUCUGAUUCCAGAGAGAGUAACACAGAAGGACCCCCGAAAAAGACCAGGGUGAUUUAUCCCUCUCAUUCUAGCAAAACUUCCUCUUUAUCUACCAGAAACAAGAUGGAUGUAAAGAAUGGAGAUCAAAUUAUUAAACCAGCACCAGGCAGCUUUUCCAAGAGUCAUAUUCCCAAGCCACAAGAGAAUCCUCUGAAACCAAAACAAGCAGAACAUGGUUCCAGGUCUCUCCACGGGCCAACUGCAUACAAGUCAAACAAGUUUCCUUUAAAAAAUUUCUUUCAAGGUCUUUUUCAAAAAGCUAGAAGUUCCUUUGACUGUUAAUUGUUUUAUUAGGAAUGCAGAUCUAAUUGUUCUGUGGAUCUGUGCAUGUUGUCAAUAUGAACAUGUAAACACAAGCAGUGUGGUAACAGUUAUUUCCUCAUGAAGUGCUAUAUCUUAUGGUUGUUAUUUCAUUGUUUUUAGUCAUAGAUAUGACAUUUUGUAAAAAAAAUUUGAUGAUUUUUAUCCAGUCUUGAUUAACACCAUCCCCUUUCUCCUUGCACUCGAUUGUAAGGAAAAAGAAGGGAGGUGGUUUUAAUCAGACUGAUUUGUAUCCAAUUAGAAAAGUUUGAAGUGCCAACUAGUGCUUACCCUGAAGAGGUAUUUUUGUGACAACUUGUUAAGUUGUGUCCUUGUUGAUUUACGUUACACGUUAAUUUGUUUUACCUGUUAAUUUGUGUUAGCUAUUUUGUAUAAGAGAGUUGUACAUUUUAUAAAGCACAGACAAGCAUACAUGUAUUUUCAAUAAAUAUUUAUAAUUGUA